AUGGGCGAGGAGAAGGUUAAAACUGCUAAACAGACCAGUGCAACUGACAUUGAAAAAGAUGUAAGUUAAUAUAAUUUAUGAGCGUUCUAUUUUUUGAAGGGUAUUUUAGUGCUUUUUUGGAGAAAAGUUGAGUUUACUAUAAUAUUGCUCUUAAAAUAGUUUUAAUUAUUCAGAACUUUUAAAAUUAUAUUGUUAUAGGAGAUCUCAAAGGUUCCAGACUUGGAAAUCGCUCAACUACGUUUUCUUGUGAACCAUCCUGAACUGGACAAAGAUGUGAAGCAAGCGAAAUGGCUGCUUCUAAUCGAGGUAAGUGUCUUUUAAACAUUAUGUUUUAAAUUUUGUAGUAUUUAACUUCUUUUAUUUGCUUUAUUUUUUAUUAUUUUUUUGCAGAAAAUAAAAGAGUUUGAUAUGGGUCCGUUCUAUGAGUUGGUUUGCCAAGAAACUGAACAAACUGUUGAUCAAACUCUGCUAUCUGAGUUGAAGGAAAAGAAUGCUAAGAAGUUGGCUGAAGUUGAGGUAGAGAUCAAGGAUGCUGAAGAGAACUUGGGUAAGAUAUUGGUUUAGUUUUUUGGAUUUUAGGUAUAGUCGGGAUAAGUGCAAGUCAAAUAUGGCGACUUGUUUUUAGGGGCUUUACGAAGUUAAAUAUAAGUUUUAAAUUGAGUUUUGUUAUGAUUUUGUUCUUAUUAUCUAAUUUUUAGGAGAAUCCGAAGUUCGUCAAGCUUGGCUUCGGAAGUCUGAAUAUUUGUGUCAAAUUGGUGAUAAAGCUGCCGCUUUGACUUCGUACCGGCAAACAUACGAAAAGACUGUAGGCAUUGGGUACAGGAUCGAUUUGGUGUUUAGUUUGAUCCGAGUUGGUCUCUUUUUCUUGGAUCAUAAGCUCAUCAAUGCCAACAUUGCCAAAGCCAAGGAUUUGAUGGAACAGGGUGGUGAUUGGGAACGAAAGAACCGACUACGAUCGUACGAAGGCUUGUACAAAAUGGCUGUGAGAGACAUGAAGGGAGCCGCCACAUUGUUCUUGGAGACCAUCCCUACCUUUGGGUCGUAUGAGUUGAUGUCCUACGAACAGUUGGUGUUCUACACUGUCAUUUGCUCAGUUUUCUGUAAGUUUGAUUUACAGAAAUACAGUAAUAUGUUGAGAUGAAUGUUUUUAUUAUUGAUUUGCUAUUAAUGUUAUGUUUCAGCGUUGGAACGCCCAGAUCUCCGUACCAAAGUUAUUCGAUCUAAUGAGAUUCAAGAACGAGUAAGUUUUUCAAGGGUUAUAUAGUUUUAGUGAUUGUUUGGGCUGUUCUUAACUUAUCUUUUUAGUUAACUGGAGGCGGUGAGAAAGGAGAACUAAUCCCAAUUAAAAACUUCUUGGAAGCCUUCUACAAUUGUCAUUAUGAUCAGUUCUUUGUCAGUUUGGCCCAAUUGGAAAGCGAAAGAUUAAAGUUCGACAGAUAUCUGGCUCCACAUUAUUCUUUCUACUCAAGAGCUAUGCGCCUCAAGGCUUACUCUCAAUUUUUGACUCCGUACAAGACCGUAAGUUAAUGUUUGUUAAUUUAUUCAUUUAGAAUUUUCAUAAAUUGUAAAAUACUACUAAUUUUUUAAAUAUACUAAAAACUUAAUUUUAGGUAAGACUCGACAUGAUGGCCAAGGACUUUGGUGUAUCCAAGGGUUUCAUUGACACCGAACUUCACCGUCUGAUCGCUUCGGGCGCUUUGAACUGUCGAAUAGACGCGGUACGAGGAGUGAUCGAAAUGAACCACCCAGACAGCAAAAACUUUUUGUACAAAGCCGUGAUCAGAGACGGAGACAUCCUACUGAACCGCAUCCAAAAGCUGGCACGGGUUAUCAACGCCUAA